GAUGACGCCUUUGGGCGGCGCCGGUGGCGGCGGCAGCUCCUGAGGGAAGGAGGAGGCGGCGGAGGAGGAGGCGGCGGCGCUUCUGGGAGCUGCUGCAGCGAGAGGCCCCUCCCCCCGGCCUCCCCGCCGGACACGGCACGUUGGAACCAUGAAGGAAACCAUCCAAGACAAAAAGUGCUGGGGGUCGUCCCGUGGUCUUCGCAGUCCCAUGGGGCCUCAAAGCAAGCUGUGCAGGUCUUCCCAGGAGUGGGGCAAACAAGAACACAAGCACGGUGGUGGCUUUGAAGGGAGUCGGCACCUGGCAUAUGGCAAGGAGCAGCCUCUGGGCUUUGACCCCCUGUCCUCUGGCAGUGAAGAUGAUGAAGAAGAUGACGAAGGAGGAGGCGGAGGAGGAAAGUGGGAUCUUCCGAGCAUGUCCAAUUGGGGGGUUGCAGGAGGCACAUCUGACCCAUCCAGGAGCAAAUCUUCCCGGGGAAAGGUUGCAAGGAGCGGGGGCAGAGCUUGGCCAUUUGAAGUAGGGACCAACUCUGGCCCCAGAGGGCGUCCACAGCUGCCAGGAAACCCCAGGCGCCGCUGCUUCCGCCGCAGGCGUCAGCGAGCCCUGGGGGCCUUCCGCAUGCUGCUGUACUCGAAGAGCUCCUCCCUGGCUUUCCACUGGAAGCUGUGGGGCAGGAUGGCCUCCAAAGGGCGCCGGCGAGGAGGGCCAAAGCGAGCCCGCUCAUCCCUCUCCCUUUCCCCUGGCUCCCAGCCCGAUGAUGACCGCCUUCCCCUUUACAAGAAAAACUGCCUCCUAGGGCUGGAGGACUGUGCGGCGGGGGGAGCCAAGCGCCGGCCUGGCCCCUCUGAGCCCCACCUGGACUACGAAUUGGAUGGGGCCUUUCCUGCCUCCUCAGCCUCGCCUCAAGCGUCCCGUCUCAGUUUGCUGGGAGCCCUGAUAGAUGAGACAUCCCCUUAUCCUCAGUAUGUGGAGCUUCAGGGGGUCAGUUUUGACAAAGACCCCGGGGCGAUGGAGAUUGAUGAAGAAGCAGGUGCCAUGCUCAAGUACACCGCUGGGGGAGCCCAGCCCUCCCCUCGGACUAGGAGGCUGAGAGAGGCAGAGCACGGCCUGGAUGGAGACGGAGGCCCCCUGGACGGCCUUCCCAACGGCUUUGCCUCCCUCACUCCCGAUGGCGACAUGUGCUCCCUCCCUGUAGUCGCAGAUGCCACCAUCCUCAUCAGCAACGUUUGUAGCAUCGGAGGCCAUGUGGCUGAGGAGCUCUUCCACGACCCCCGAGACAAGGACGGGGCGGCUGAUCCCUCCGGCCUCAGGCUAGAAGCAGGGAGCCAGCAGGCAGAGCUAGCCAUGGAGAGUGGCCUUGAGCAGCUGGACGAGAAGGCAGCUCAGCGCAGCCCGCUGAGGGAGGAACACCUGACCUGCGUGCAAAACAUCCUGGAUGAAUUCGUGCAGACAUACGGCAGCCUCAUUCCCAUCAGCACGGAUGAAGUGGUGGAGAAGCUGGAGGACAUCUUUCAGCAAGAGUUCUCCACGCCUCAGAGGAAAGCCAUGGUCCACCAGCUGAUUCAGUCCUAUCAGCGGAUGCCGGGCAACGCUGUGCUGCGGACGUUCCGGGUCACCUAUAAGCGUCACGUCCUCACUAUGGACGAUCUACAGACACUCUAUGGGCCGAAUUGGCUCAACGAUCAGGUCAUGAACAUGUAUGGGGACCUUGUCAUGGACACAGUGCCAGAGAAGGUUCAUUUCUUCAACAGUUUUUUCUACGAUAAGCUACGAACCAAGGGGUACGAGGGAGUUAAACGCUGGACCAAAAACGUGGACAUCUUCAACAAGGAGCUGCUUCUCAUCCCAAUCCACCUGGAGGUUCACUGGUCUUUGAUCUGCGUGGAAGUGAAGAAGAAAAAGAUCACCUACUUGGAUUCCCAGCGCACCCUCAACCGGCGGUGUCCCAAGCACAUCUGCAGGUACCUGCAGGCUGAAGCAGAGAAGAAGAACAGGCCGGACUUCCGAGAUGGAUGGAAAGGGGUUUUCCAGAUGAACAUUGCCAGGCAGAACAACGACAGCGACUGUGGAGCUUUCGUCUUGCAGUAUUCCAAAUACUUGGGACUGGGACUCCCCUUCACGUUCACACAGCAAGACAUGCCGAAACUCCGCCGCUUGAUGUACAAGGAGAUGUGUCACUGCAAGCUGAGUGUGUGAAGAGGGCCUGCGUCCUCUCAGCCCCACACACCACCUCUUCCCCUUCCCAGAGCUGGGAGCGGCCCCCUGAAAGCUCUGCCUCACCUGAUCUGGUGAAGGUUGAUGCCCAGGGGUGCACGCAAGGGGACUUUGGGGUGACGGGACUCUUGAUGUUUGACAAGUGGACUCCUGUUGCGGGGGGGGGAUGUGUUUUUAACCCAAGUCUACCCCCCCCUCCCCUUUAUCUUUUUCUCUUCCUGGUCUUUCCCCCCCCCCCCCCUUCUUCUCCCUUUUUCAUAUUUAAACCUAACCCAAGGUGGAGUUUCUUUGAGUUGGUUCUUUUGGGGAGGGACUGGGACGUAUGUGGAGCCCACCCUCUGGAAGUCCUCCGCUCGCAACGGAAGAGAAGUGAUAGAGCCCUGAAAUGAGGACCAGGAAGAGGGGGAAGGCAGCAGUCCCCCUUUCUCCCCUGACUUUCUUGCCUUUGUUGGUUACUCGUGUUAGUGAAUACUGUGUGGGUUUUUCCCCCCUGAGGGGCUGGGAGUUGAAAAAGCGGGGUGGGUGGCGGGAGGGGUCAGGUUUAUACACUGGGGCCGAGAACUGAAACAAGCAUUUUUUUUAUACGAUGGCUGCCAUUGUGGGUAAUAAAAAGCAUUCUUUGGAGAAGCA